AGUCGGCCUGCCCUGUCUGCUUCGGAGCGUGCUGGGAGUUCUGGGGGGAGAAAACGUCGAGGGGAAGGCUACUAACCAGGGGGGGGAAGUCUGUGCGUGUCCGAACUGAAAAUCACUUCCAGAAAGCACGCACACAUUUACGAUUGAAGCCGACCUCCAAGCCUGUUGGAUCAGUAACUGGUACUAUUUAUCUGAAAAAAAAGAAAAAAAAACGGAGCCUAAAACUUGCAAGAUUGUUCUUUUCUUCUUCUGUGGUAACAGCAUCGGUGCUGUUGCGCCGUGCCGACCGCUCACAUAGUUGAGGGGAUUCAUUGGUUGUAGCAGGGUUGCGCAUUGGCCCUGCUGUGUUUCCACCUCGUAUCCAGAGGGAAGGGGAACAAUGAAGUAGUUAACGUUUUCCUCUGGCUACCAAGUCUUGUUGCAGAGUUAAAUCUAGUUAAAUAAUAUUGUUUUUACGUCGCGCUUCUUCGUCCUCUGGUGAUUAUUUCUACCGUAUUGGGAUGCGUCGGCUGCAGUAGGAUCCUGCUUGUUGACAAACAGUUUUUACAAGAAGUUUACAACGAGCUUCGGGCACGGAAAGACAGAAAAUGUCCACGUCGAGGUUCAAAAAGGAUAAAGAAAUAAUCGCGGAUUACGAGAGCCAAGUCAAAGAGAUCAGAGCUCAGUUGGUGGAGCAGCAGAAAUGUCUGGACCAACAGACAGAAAUGCGAGUCCAGCUGCUGCAGGACCUCCAGGACUUCUUCAGAAAGAAGGCAGAGAUUGAGAUGGAAUAUUCCAGAAACCUGGAGAAGCUGGCCGAACGCUUCAUGGCAAAGACUCGCAGUACCAAGGACCACCAGCAGUACAAAAAAGACCAGAACCUGCUAUCACCUGUCAACUGUUGGUACCUGCUGCUGAACCAGGUGAGGAGGGAGAGUAAGGACCAUGCAACUCUGAGUGACAUCUACCUCAACAACGUCAUCAUGAGGUUCAUGCAGAUCAGCGAGGACUCCACACGACUGCUCAAGAAGAGUAAGGAAAUAGCUUUCCAGCUCCAGGAAGACUUGAUGAAAGUCCUAAAUGAGCUAUACACAGUGAUGAAGACCUACCACAUGUACCACUCAGAGAGCAUCAAUGCUGAGAGCAAGCUGAAGGAGGCCGAGAAGCAGGAGGAGAAGCAGAUCAGCAGGGCUGAUCCCGUCUUCAGCAUACGGAUGGAGGACAAAUACCCGAGACGCAGCUCUGUGAAGAAGAUUGAGAAGAUGAAAGAGAAGCGUCAAGCCAAGUACUCGGAGAACAAGCUGAAGUCGAUCAAAGCACGAAACGAGUACCUGCUGACGCUGGAAGCGACAAACUCAUCCGUUUUCAAAUAUUACAUUCACGACUUGCCAGACUUGGUUGAUUGCUGUGAUUUAGGGUAUCAUGCUAGUUUGAAUCGGGCCUUGCGAACCUACCUGUCAGCAGAGUACAACCUGGAAACCUCCCGCCACGAGGGUUUGGACAUCAUCGAAAAUGCAGUGGACAGCCUGGACCCACGAAGUGACCGACAGAGGUUCAUGGAGAUGUACCCUACAGCCUUUUGCCCACCAGCAAAGUUUGAGUUCCAGGCUCACAUGGGUGAUGAGGUUUGUCAGAUCUCAGUGCAACCACCAGUGAAUGGGGAGCUCAUCCUGAGGUUUCAGCAGCUGCAGUCUCGCCUGGCUACCCUGAAGAUCGAAAACGAAGAGGUCAAAAAGACAUCAGAGGCCACCCUGACCACCAUCCAGGAUAUGGUAACCAUUGAGGACUACGAUGUGUCCGAGUGCUUCCACCACAGCCGGUCCACAGAAUCAGUCAAGUCCACUGUGUCAGAGACGUACCUGAGUAAGCCCAGCAUUGCCAAGAGGAGAGCCAACCAGCAGGAGACGGAGCAGUUCUACUUCAUGAAAUUCCGCGAGUUUCUGGAGGGCAGUAAUCUCAUCUCCAAACUUCAGGCCAAACACGACUUGCUGAAGAGGACGAUCGGCGAUGGCCACAGAGCUGACUACAUGACCACAAGACAUUCCAACGGGCUGCUCAAAACCCACACAGGCCCCCGGCGGGGUCGACCCCGCUCUGUUUUUAAUGUUAGAUUAUUUAAUGGCAAUUUGGAGUCGUUUAUCAAGGACUCUGGACAAGCUAUUCCCCGUGUGGUAGAAAGCUGUAUUCGCUACAUAAAUCUUUACGGCCUCCAGCAUCAAGGAAUAUUUCGUGUUCCUGGAUCCCAACUGGAAGUCAAUGACAUUAAAAACUCAUUUGAGAGAGGAAACGACCAUCUGACUGAUGAUGAGAAUAAUCAUGACAUCAAUUCGGUGGCUGGCGUUCUCAAGCUGUACUUCCGCGGCCUGGAGAACCCUCUUUUCCCCAAAGAGAGGUUCAAUGAUCUGCUGUCGUGCAUCAGAAUAGACAACUUGUAUGAGAGGGCAUUGUACAUCCGUAAGAUCCUCCUGACCAUUCCCAGAUCUGUCCUGGUUGUAAUGCGCUAUCUCUUUGCCUUCCUCAACCAUUUGUCCCAGUACAGUGAUGAGAACAUGAUGGAUCCGUACAACUUGGCCAUAUGUUUUGGCCCCACACUCAUGCCCACCCCAGACUGCCAAGACCAGGUCUCCUGCCAAGCUCAUGUCAACGAGAUUAUCAAGACCAUCAUCAUCCACCACGAGAGUAUCUUUCCUGACACCAAAGAACUGGAUGGGCCCAUCUAUGAGAAGUGCAUGGCCGGUGGAGACUACUGUGAGAGCCCCUACAGUGAGCAUGGAGCUCUGGAGGAGGUGGACAACGAGGGAGGGGCAGAAACACACACCAGUGAGGACGAGGGUGAGCCUAUUGAAGCCAUUGCCAAGUUUGACUACGUUGGGCGCUCCUCUCGGGAGUUGUCCUUCAAAAAGGGCGCCUCCCUGCUGCUUUAUCAGCGGGCGUCGGAGGACUGGUGGGAGGGACGGCACAACGGCAUCGAUGGCCUGGUGCCACAUCAGUACAUUGUAGUCCAAGACAUAGAUGACAACUUCUCAGACACUCUGAGUCAGAAGGCUGACAGUGAGGCCAGCAGCGGCCAUGCUGGGGAGGAUAAAUGCUCAGGAAAAGACAUCAGCUCACCCAGCGACACCAGAAUCUCUGAGGCUUACAUCACUAGCAGGCACAGGAAAAGAUCAGACCCCCCUUCUCGGCGGCCCCCCACCCGCCCCAGUGACGUCCACUGCAUGGUGCACACUUCUCAGCAGGGUCACUGUGGGACCCCAGAGAUGGGCUCUCCAGUUCUGGGACACUUUAACCCACGGGACAUGCUGCGAAGUCGCAAUCACAUGCCCAUGGACAGCCCCGAGCGCCGCCGCCGCACUGGCCACGGCAGUCUCACCAACAUCAGCCGUCACGAGUCCUUGAAGAAGAUGGAGAGCCCACCGAUCCGCCGCUCCACCUCUUCGGGACAGUAUACAGGAUUUACUGAUGCACAUCACCACCACAGUGGCAAGCCCCUGGAUCCGGAGACCAUCGCACAGGACAUAGAGGAAACCAUGAACACUGCUCUGAAUGAGCUGCGUGAGCUGGAGCGGCAGAGCUCAGCCAAGCAUGCCCCCGACGUGGUGCUGGACACCCUGGAGCAGCGGCAAACCUCGGGCAGCAGCGGCCCCACACCGGCCAGCUCCAGUGAGUCCCUGAGCCCCAUACACGGUGUCAUGCUGAGGUCGACCACCAACCCCGAACCUCCCAUCCGCCGCAGCACUGGUUCCUCCAGCGAUGCCAUGAGCACCUUCAAGCCGGUGGUGGCACCACGUAUGGGGGUGCAACUCAAACCGCCUGCUCUCAGGCCCAAACCUAUGGUGCUACCCAAGACCAGCCAGGCGCCACAGCCCCCUGCUGCAUCUGCUCAGGACCCUCUGGACAAGUCCUGCACCAUGUAACCUCCGAGACAGGAAGUAGAGAUGUAAAGCAAACACAACCAGUCUGUUUCAAGAUGUCUAGUUUAUAGAUGUAAUAGUACAAAUAAUUUCUGAGAACUUGUAAAAUUCUCUGACCUGGAAAGGAAAAUAAUUUUUGUAGUGUUCUGAAGCUGAAAACAAGAUUGUGAAACGGACUUUGAUGUGAUCUGAAAGACCUUUGUAGGCUGUAGUUGCAACAUAGACAGAUUUGUCAGCCAGUCGGAUCUCCUGUCUUUACAAUGUGCGGAUAUGUUAAAAUGCUUAGGUUAAUACUAUCUAACAUAUACAUUUUUUAAAAAAUGAAUCUGAACAACAAAUCACAAAGGCUUCCAUGAGAGUUUUAGAAAAUGUUUCUUUUAGUUUAGUUUACAGAUAUUAACGAAUUGAACAAAAUCCUGUGCAUGCAGCUUUUUGGUUUACCACUGAGCCUGUGAGGGAGUUUGAGAAGAGCUGGACUAGUCACAGAGACAAAAAUCCAGAGGAUUCUCUUUGUUUUUACCUGGGAGGUGCCCUUGAGGGUGUGAAAUGUUUAAAAGUUCUUAGUGGUUUUGAGAUUUUCAAAUGUUUAUUAUAAUGGUGCUGUGAUAACCUGGCAGAAAUGGUUUAAAGGUUGGACUGAUGAGGUGCAGAAAGAGCACCUAACAACUUAUUUAUUAACGGUACUCUGUUAAUAAAUGAUUAGUACUGACACCACUAUGCUUUUUUUUUUAUCUGCAGCUUAUUUUGGCAAGGCAUAACAUUAGUUAUGUCUCAGAAAGAUCUACAGAGAUCUCUGCGCUGGCCUAAUUUUUUAUUUGAUUUAUUUGAACAGUAUUCUAUAUUGCCUGGAAAGAGGUAUGAUAAUUGGAUGAAACCACUACUUCUUCGAACUUUGUACACUUCAAUGCAUCCCUGAAUUCCUGCAUCAAUACCUAAUAUUGUAUGUAUGCCUUUACAUCCGUAUAAUCUACAGGGAGAAGUGUGAAUAAUUAUGAUAAACAGAUUUUAUUAUACAGUGUGGACCACAUGCCAUAGCUUUCUGUAUGCCUUGCUUGGCUUUAUCUACCCAAAGACAUGAGUGUUUAAGUUAAAGCAUGGAUGUUGAUACUUCAUAUUCAUGGUUGUGUAUAGAUUCAAGGCAGUGCCCUGUGGGAGUGCAGCCGGUAGCCAUGGACCUAAUGACUGUUAGAGUGAAAGCCUUGUCAGAUGUUCACCGUGCUCCUUCUGCCUCUCUGUAUAAGGGUGUCUGAAAGCAGCAGCUUGCUUUGAGCCCCUGAAGUCUGUUUUUGUUUCUUUGUUUUUUUCUUUUUUAUGUCCAGAUGAGGAUGUCACUUAUGAUCUUUUUGUAUUGCUUUUAGAAUGAUUUAAAAUUUCUCUAUGAAUUUAAUGAUGUGGAACAAGAAACAAGCAUCCCAUGUCAGUUUGCUGCCGAGCGAACAUUAAGAUGCAAUAGCCUCAUAAAAUCAUUUGUGCCAUAGUUCCAGCUGUGUGGCUGCACCCAUGUAUGUGUUUUUUUUUUUUUUUUUAACACUUCUGUACUGUAGAAAUAGCUGCUGGGUGCAUGUCGCUGGAAUUAAUGGCUAGCAUUAGUAUUACAUUUAGAAAAGACUUGGUUUGCAAUGAAUAAGCAAUGCUCUCUAACAACAGGUUUACACUAUUUUUGACUUGACAAACAUUGUUUGUAUAAUAAUCAAAAGUUAAUUACUAACUUUCCUUAUUUUUGUAAUGCUUUUUUCUUAAUUUUUUUUUUUCUGGGUAGAAAUCACUUAGAGCCGCAGAUGUAGAAGAAUGAUCCAGAGAUGCAGGGGUCCCACCUACAGUAUGAAGCCAGUUGUAUAAACGAAUGUGUGCUCUCGUCACCGUGUAACAUCAUCAGUAGGACUCAGUCUGUAGGCUUUAAGCUGCUCUGUGGUGUUAUGUACAUGUAGUAUGUACUUGUGAAAGUGCCUUUGAAAAUGUUUUAGAGGAACUUCAGACAUUCUGUCCUGUUGCAUUUUCAUAUUAGAUGCUGUGUUUUUGACUAAAUGCAGCAGAGGAAAUAGAAGACAUGAUGACAUUUUCCAGUAUAUAGCAGAAUUAACAAUAAAACAGCUUACACAUUGUGACAUUGCACUUUUAUGUAUAUAACUGUAGAUAUGGCAUGUUAUAACAUUUAGAGUUCUUUCCUUUGAAAAUCUCUUUAAUAAAGGAGAUAGUUUGUUGA